AUGUCCAACAUGUCCAGCAUCGCUUCGAAGAGUGGCCCCGCCGGGCCGGCGGCGGCGGCCGGUCCUGGCUGUUCGGGGAACCCGCACCGCGACUCCUUCUGCGCCAGCAUCCGGGCUCAGGACCUGGACAUGUCCGAGUGGGGCAAGGGCGGGAAGAAGACGGUCGAGGAGCUGUAUUGGGAGGUGGUCACGUGCCGUGAGAGCGUCCUGACGGGGCUGAAGACGCUCGGGCGGUUGAAGCGCGUCACAAGGUUUGUCAAGAUCCGCCUGGCGGCUGAGAUCUCUGGCGUCAGACACAUCCUCUUCUCGCGCAUGCAAUUUCGGCACGACGGCCACGUCAACGAGGAGAAGCGACUGCCGCUCCGGAAGUUGCAGUGGCUGGAGCAGUACGUGGGAUCGGGUGUCGAGGUGCAUCACGAGAAGUGUCUCACCGAGGACUGCGCCUACACCGAGGACUGGCGGGCCGGCGCCCGCAGGGCCCUGGAGGAGCGCUUCAAGCUCGAGCCCGAGUGGCAAAAGCAGCACCUGGAGGAGGUGCCCGGCAGCCACUCCUUCCGCGUGGAGGACGUGCGCAGCGACGGGUACCCCGGGCUCUGCACCUUGUACUGCAUCCACGAGGUCACUCUCCGCGUCAUCGACCCGACGCACCCGGACGCGAAGAUCAUUGGCUUGCCAAUGGGCGUCGAGUUCGUGACAACCGACGGCGAAUACACGUUCGAGAAGUUGAGCACCGACGAGAUACCCAUGGGCGCGCAGAUGAACAUCUGGGCGUGGCUGCAGGAGUCGGCGGCACCCGCGGCGACGUCCGGAUCCCAGCCGCGGCAGUCAGGGCAGUCAGGUCACAGCGGACGGAUGUCAGGCGUGCGCUCCAGGCUGCGGCGCGGGACCACCGGCUCGCAGUGUGGGAAGAAGCUCGAGGGCGCCGCGCCCCACUCCAAAGACGAGGCGCUGCUCCUCAUCCGCCGGGUGCCGCUGCCCGCCACCUCCGCGAAGGCGCUGGCGACCAUGCAGGUGAGCCUGCGCAUGGGCAGCAUGCGGCCCCCGAACGCGGCCCUGUGGUCUGUUCUCAAGGGCAGAACAACGGACUGGACCAGGGUGCAGCAGAUGGCGAGGUCGAUCACGGACCCCGACUACACGCUGAGGGACUUCAACGAGGACCUCUUGGCCUUCCCCGAGCUCAACCUCUACCUCCUGGAGAAGCUCGCCGGCAUAGGCGCCCCGGGCACCGCCGGCGGCGCCAGCGGCUCGGGACGGGGCCUGGGCGACGAGUACCAGCGGACCUUGGGCGCAUUCUUUGCGAUAUAUUGGCUCCUGAGACUGCCCGUGGACGGCAAGGACGGUUUCUGCUUCGGCGUCGACGACAACUGGGCGCCGCUGAGGCCCAGCGCGACCACGGCCGGCGACGCACGCCUUACGCCUCUCGAGAGGCGCGAGGUGUUUAUGCGGGACGGCAAGUGGGACCUGUUCCGGCAGCUGCUCCUGUCCGCGGGCAUCUUGCGGAAGAGCGGCUGGUCGGCGACGAAGGUCAACGAGAAGCGGCUGGUGUCGCUCCUGGCAUUGACGGCCAUCCACGACAUCAUGAAGUGUCGGCGGAUCAAUGUCUUCUUGCCCGUGGUGCAGCCCGAGCACGCCCCGUACCACGGCUACAACGUCGGGGACGUCAUCGCCGACCACGACAAGGCCCUGGGCUACGUCAUGGACCACUACCCCGAGAUGCUGCCCUCCUUCCGCGAGCUCGACCCAGCGGAGCGGCGGGCGGUGCAGUUCACGCAGUGCAGCCUGUGCUUCAACCACGGCUGGUUCGUGCAGGCGGAGGCCCCCCCGGGUGCCACGCUGACGAAGUUCCGCGAGGUGGUCGCUCGCGACCAGAAGUCCCGCUUCGGGAAGAGCGACAUCGCGUUCUACUUCGUGCACUGGCUCACGGACCUGGCGGGCGCGGAGCCGACGCCGCUCGGGGGCUGUGAGAAAUUCGUGACCAAGUUCCCACUGGCGGUUCUAAACAGCUUCCUCCACUCGUUCGAGUUUGUGGAGACGGUCGCCGUCAACACCGAGACCGAGACGAUGGAGCGCUACCUCAAGGAGAGGUGGGCCGCGCACGAGCCGAGCCUCGGCCCCGUGCCCAGCGGCGACGGCGCCGUGGCGAGGAUGCGGUUGGCGUGCAUGGCGCAGACGAACGCCGCGCGGAUCCUCGAGGCCUUCGAGUCCAUCGACGAAGGCUACCGGGACAUCCUCAGCAGGGAGAUGGCGAGGAGCGGGUGCAGGGACCAGGCCUACUCCAGCGACAUAGCUCCGGCCGACGUCCGCGACCAGCCGGCGGGGCCCGCCUUCUUGAUCUACUACGGCCCGGCGCUGCUGCAGAGCCUGGGGAGCGACGACCCGGUGCGGAGGCUCGGCCUCUUGGCAGAGGUAUAUAGGUGCGCCAGGGAGCUGUGGCCACUGGACCCCGCCGAGGCGCACGUGAACGUGAUCGUCCGCGUCGACGUGAUCAAGUCGCUGAGCACGAGGGACAUCCUCGAGGCGGCGGACGGCGGGGCAGCCUGGGCGCUGGUGAAGCAGAACGAGAGCGAGGGCGUCGUCGAGAAGCGCCAGGAGGACGAAGCCGGCGCGGUGAAGGCCAACGAGCAGAACAUCUGUUUUCUUGACAUCUCGAGACUGAGGUAG